UGCGUGAGCUGCUCACACAGCGUCUCCUGAACAGAACACACCUCGACAAUGUUAAUCAACAUCUCACGAUAUUAUAAACAUAAAGUAUUUUUGUUGAAAUAUAUUCUCUGAGGCAUAGUGAGGAACUAUUUUGGGUGCAUCCUCGGGUCAUGGCGAGCGCAGCUCCCGCUGACAACGUGGACCGUGAGUUGACCUGCUCCAUCUGCCUGGAAACGUUUGACUGCCCCUCCACGCUGAGCUGCGGCCACUCGUUCUGCCUCCAGUGCCUGGAGGAUGCCUGGAAGGAGACAGACUUCUACUGCUGCCCGCAGUGCCGCAAGACCUUCCCUCGACGACCCCAGCUGACCAGGAACGUAACGAUCGCCAACCUCAUAGAGCAGCUGCGAGUAACUGAGACCAUGGCUGCUGCUGUAUUCUGUGACAACUGCCCAAAAGGCAAGACGCUUGCAGUGAAGACCUGCCUCAGGUGUGAGACGUCCUUCUGCAGGGAACACCUCGUGCCUCACCUGAAAAAUACGAAGUUUAAAGAUCACGUCCUGGUUUCAUCAGAUGUGAACCCUGAAGAACGCAAGUGCAAGAGGCACAACGAGGAGCUCAAGUUCUACUGCAAGCAAGACCUCAGCCUCGUGUGCAGGGACUGCACCAUCGCAGGAGACCACACGGGUCAUAAGUUCGUCACACUGGAGGAUGAGCAUCAGACACGGAAGAAUGGAGUUGGAGCAGAGACGCGAGCGGUGGAGGAGAAGAGGAAGAAGGCGGAGGCGUCCGUGGGACGGAUGAAGGCCGCUCGCAAGGCCGUGCAGGAUUCCAUGGUCCAGACCAAGGCUCGCAUCUCAGGUGAGUUCACCCGUAUGAGGGCGACGCUGGAUGAAGAGGAGAGGGCAGCUCUGGAUCGCGUGGACAUGAAGGGGCGUGAGCUCCUGUCCCAGAUCAAGGAGAACAUCGCUCAUUACAAACGUGAGAUCAGCGACCUCCAGGCAGCAGCAACGCGCCUGCGCGCUCUGCAGGAGGAGAGGGACUCGCUCACAUUCCUGCAGGUUCACCUAAAGGAGACAAACCGGAGAGACGCUCAGAAGGGAUCUCCACCCUCAUCUCCCAAAAAAAAAGACAUCGCCUCGAUCAGUGCCCUGCAGGGAGCUGUGGUCAACCUGCUGGCAUUCAUGUAUGGACGCUCACCGACUCUGGACCCAAACUCGGCCUACAACAACCUCCAGAUUUCCUCGGACCUCAGGACGGUGACGCUGACCGCUGUCUCCCAGGGUCGCCCCGAUCACCCAAACCGCUUUGAUGCCUGGGACCAAGUCCUGUGCUCCGAGAGCUUCUCGUCGGGUCAGCACUACUGGGAGAUGGACCUGGGGGGUGCGGCGAGGAGCUGUAAGGUUGGAGUCGUGUACGGGACGAUCGCACGGAAAGGGGGUGGUAAAGAGUGCAGCCUUGGACAGAACGACUCAUCCUGGGUUUUAUAUAAAGAUUACAACAGCUGCUACGUGCUUCAUGGUGAUGUCUGGACCUCAGUGCCGGUGAGGAAUCCUCCCCGGAGAGUCGGGUGUCACCUGCACUGGGAGGCGGGGCUGCUGUCGUUUUACCGCGCCGACUCCAUGGAGUUGCUGCACUCCGUCCACCACUCGUUUAGUCAACCGCUCUACCCCGCGCUGUGGGUGUAUGGUGGUGAUGUUGGUAACUCAGUGAGGAUUCUGGAUCUGAGUCAUGGACGCUCACCGACUCUGGACCCAAACUCGGCCUACAACAACCUCCAGAUUUCCUCGGACCUCAGGACGGUGACGCUGACCGCUGUCUCCCAGGGUCGCCCCGAUCACCCAAACCGCUUUGAUGCCUGGGACCAAGUCCUGUGCUCCGAGAGCUUCUCGUCGGGUCAGCACUACUGGGAGAUGGACCUGGGGGGUGCGUGCCUGGAGGACGCCUGGAAGGAGAUAGACUCCUACUGCUGCCCGAAGUGCCGCAAGACCUUCCCUCGACGACCCCAGCUGACCAGGAACGUGACAAUCGAACGCAAGUGCAAGAGGCAAAACGAGGAGCUCAAGUUCUACUGCAAGCAAGACCUGAGCCUCGUGUGCAGGGACUGCACCAUCGCAGGAGACCACACGGGUCAUAAGUUUAUCACACUGGAGGAUGAGCAUCAGACACGGAAGGUGGCCUACUUCGAGGAGGCCUACUUCGAGGAGGGCGCUCGUCAAACAGGCGAGAAACCGUACAUGUACGACGAUUGA